UGCCAUUUCUCUUUUCAGCAAAAGGCUCUCAAAGUAAAGAACUUAAAGAAUGUCAGAUAUAUGAAGUUGAUUUCCAUGGAAACAUCGUCAUCCUCUGAUGACAGUUGUGACAGCUUUGCUUCUGAUAAUUUUGCAAACACAAAACCAAGGCCAGAUGUCACUAACGAAUUGGCCAGCAUUUUUCAUGCCGACUCUGAUGAUGAAUCGUUUUGCGGUUUUUCAGAGAGUGAGAUACAAGAUGGAAUGAGACUGCAGUUGGACAGGGAAGGCUGCAGGACCCGAAGUCAGUGCCGUCACUCCGGACCACUCAGGGUAGCCAUGAAGUUUCCAGCACGAAACACCCGGGGCCCAGCCAACAAAAAAGCAGUCCCCUCUAAACCCUCUGAGAACUCUGCAAAUGAUUCCCAUUCUGACUCUGAAGAAGAAGAAGAUGGCAUGAACUUUAUGGAGAAAAGGGCUUUAAAUGUAAAGCAAAACAAAGCAAUGCUUGCAAAACUCAUGUCAGAAUUAGAAAGCUUCCCUGGCUUAUUCUCUGGAAGACAUUCCCUCCCCGGCCACAGAUCCAAAGAUUCAAAGCCACCUAGAAGACGCACAUUCCCAGGUGUCGCUUCCAGAAGGAACCCGGAACGAAGAGCCCGACCGAUUACCAGAUCAAGGUCCCGGAUCCUGGGGUCUUUGGGUGCUCUGCCCACAGAGGAGGAAGAGGAAGAAGAGGAAGAGGAUAAGUACAUGCUAGUGAGAAGGAGGAAGUCUGUGGACGGCUACAUGAAUGACGAUGACAUGCCCAGAAGUCGUCGCCCUGGAUCCAUGACCCUUCCACAUAUAAUUCGCCCAGUAGAAGAAGUUACAGAAGAAGAGAUCAAGAACAUUUGCAGCAACUCUCGAGAGAAGAUCUACAACCGAUCACUGGGUUCCACUUGUCACCAGUGUCGCCAGAAAACCAUUGAUACCAAAACAAACUGCAGGAACCCAGGCUGCUGGGGCAUCCGGGGCCAGUUCUGUGGUCCCUGCCUUAGAAACCGCUAUGGUGAAGAGGUCAAGGAUGCUCUGCUGGACCCGAACUGGCACUGCCCACCCUGUCGAGGAAUCUGCAACUGUAGCUUCUGCCGCCAGCGUGAUGGACGGUGCGCCACGGGAGUCCUGGUGUAUUUAGCCAAGUAUCAUGGCUUUGGGAAUGUGCAUGCUUACUUGAAAAGUCUGAAGCAGGAAUUUGAAAUGCAAGCCUGAAGAUUCUCCGCCUGCCUUUCGGCUUCUCAAGGCCCUUUUGUUCUUGAUAAUGUUCUUGAUGGGGAGCUGAGUAAGAAUCUUGGUGAGCAGUCUGUCUUAGAACUCGGUCAGGUUAAUCUUGUUAGAUUCACACUUGUUUCUGAUACAUCACGGAAGGCAUACUAUUAGUUACACUUGAGCUACAUGUAGUUUCCCAAAGCUUGCCCUGGCCCUACCUUGUAGCCUCCCAAUCCCACGGUCCUUUGCCACCACUUUUUGAGUUCUUUUUAAGCGGCAGUUUUAGAAAGCAUAUUUGUCUUAUUGGUGUUGAAACAGUCUCAGGAUAUACCCAUAAACCAAGCACUUAGGUUGUGAACCAACGGUUCUAAUGAAUUGCAGAGAACAGCCCUUUAGCUUGUUCACACAGAAUCAAUGCAUGCAGUUAGUGUUCAGUGUGUUGGCUGAUGUUUGAAAUGGGUAAGGCUAGGUCACAAACAAAGUUCUGAAAACGGUGUGGAAAAAUUAGUCAUUGUUGGGAAGUGGAGUAUAGCACAGUGAAUGAGUUUUUGGAGACUAAAACUCCUUUGUAUCAUGCUCGGUGUAUACCUUGUCACAGUUGA